AUGCCCAAGGUUAAGUGCUACUCGGCAGCUUGGCUGUCGAAAAAUGCUCCCGGGCAUCAGCUCUUUGAACCCACGCCCGAGGCCGUCCGCUCGCGAGCGCUCACGUCGCCAUACGCCAGCAAGAAGAAGACUGCUCUGGGCCCGCGACGGACAAUUGCGCGACGCGGCACAGAGGUGUUUGUAGCCGUGGGUAAGGAAAUUCGAUGGGGUGACCUGGCCUACAUCAAGGACCGAUGGGCGAGCAACCCCAGGGAGCGCCGCGGCUCUAGCACUCGCAUUAAACGCGAGGAUUCAAACGUGAAUAUGGAGGACAUUCCGUCCAUUGAGACUGUCGGAGGAGGACUGAGAACAAUCAAGGUCCCAGUUGCCGACGAUAUUCGACAGCUCAUCAUCUCCCCCAACACGAACUUCCUCGCUAUCCUUACAACUCACACUAUUCACAUCUGCACGAUACCCGACUCGCAACACCUGACAAGCGAGGAUACUACCCCGCUGAAGCCCAAGAUCUUUACCCUUGGUCCCACCACCCAUGUCACAUCGCGAUCGCCCAUCAUGUCCGCAGUCUGGCAUCCGCUAGGUGUCAAUGGAACAUGCAUUGUCACUGUGACGGCCGAUGCGAUCGUGAGAGUCUGGGAGCUGUCUACCGGAGACCGCUGGUCCUUCGAUACCCCCACAACCUCCAUAGACCUGAAAAAGUUGGCAGACGGCACGACCGUAGACCAAGAUUUCUCUGCCUCGACCUCGGCCACAAACAAAGGCUUCUCUCCCGAUUCCUUCGAAAUGGAAGUUGCAGCGGCGAGCUUCGCAAGCAAAGGAACCGGAGGCUGGAACCCAAUGACUCUGUGGGUGGCUAUGCGCGAAGGAGACGUUUACGCUCUUUGCCCACUCCUGCCCCAGCGCUGGGCCCCUCCUCCCACGCUCAUUCCUUCACUCUCAGUCUCUAUUGUGGCCACAGUCGGUAGCAUUGAAGAUGAUGCUUCGAUAGACGACAACGAGAAGCUUCUAGCUCAACAGCAGCUCCAGUGGAUGGGUGAUUUGGAUUCCCAAGAACCUCAGAUAGUCGACAGCACGGCUCUGGGUGAACCUCCUAUUGAAGUAUACACCCGACCUUCUCGACCUGGUGUUACUCCUCGCCUUCAAGGGCCCUUUGACCUCGUCUCUGAUCCCGAGACCGGUGAUGAGCUAGACACCUCUGUCACUGACAUCAUGGUUAUUGGCAAAAAGACCGAAACAGAUGAUCUGAUGCUGGGAGAAGACGACGAGUACGAGCUUGAUCUGGACACUGGCGACCAAGAAGGCCUCUCGCUUGCAGUCAUUUGCCUGUUGUCCACCAGCGGCCAGGUGCGUGUUUACCUGGAUAUGAACGGUGUCCAAGCGCAGUGGUUACCGCCAAAGAACAAAUUCAAGAACAUCAGGUCCUUUGGGGAAGUCGCAAUUCCGUCAUUACUUGCAUUCCAAGCGCUCGACACCAUGACACCUGUCGAGGUUACAGAAGAGAGCUGGCCUGUAUUUAGCGCUGACGCUUUGUCACGAUACAGCUUCUUUGUGACGCAUCACGCCGGCAUCACAUUCAUAUCUCUUGCAUCGUGGAUCUUCCGUCUUGAAGGAGAGCUGUCAGGGGACUUCGAAGCUGGCACAGACUUCAGAAUCGGGCUGCUCGUCAACUCCCAAUCUAGCAGAGAAAGAGUUUACGCCCAGCCUGCCGCAGAUGCGGCUGUACCUCUCACAGGGUGUGUUGUUCUAAGAGAUCCAGACGUUGGAUAUUUCCUCCUCUCAGCCACCCCUUACGAGCCUAUUGCCGUUACCUUUGAGAGCCCAGAAAUGGAAGUUGUUCCUGUCCGCCAGGAGGCUAGCCCCGAGCGUGAGCGCGAACGCGAAGCUAGCAUGGCCCCUCUCGAUUUCUACGAGCCUCGCCCUAUCUACAACCCACCGCACGUGUUUGACCAGGGGUCAUCGCUGCCGCUGCUUUUAGAAAGAUUACGCACGUCCCGUCACAAGACCUUAGUUAGCCAAGAGGUCAAACUUAGUCCGUUGACGUUGCAAAUCUUUACCGAUGCUCACAAGAUUCUAAGCGAGGAGACAUACAAGCUGGGAGUAUCUGCCGCUGAAAUUUUCAGACGCUGCGAGCUCCUGCAAAAUGAGCUGAAGCAGCAAGUCUCUAAGGCCAACGAGGUCAAGGGCAAGAUUGACGCCAUCAAUGGCGUUGACCGCGACGACGAAAGCGACAACAUCAUGUAUGAGCGUCGCAUUUCUGAAGCGCGCAAGCGGCAAGAGGCUAUUGCUCAGCGUGUCGAGAAUCUCCGCAAAAUUGUUGGCAAGGCGACAACGCGCGACCUGAGCAACAAGGAGCGUGCAUUCAUGGAAGAGGUGCGCGCACUGAGCACAAGCGUCUCAGGGCCCGCCGCUUCUGAGGAGGAGCGAGACGUCCGGUCACAGUCUCAGGAGCUGUGGAAGCGUCUGGACAAUGUCAAGAAGCUCCAGUCCGAGCUCGCGGCCAAUGUGGAAGCGCUCAAGAAGAGCGGACAGGCGGACACGCCGUCGACGCCAGAGCUGCGCAUCCCGCAGGAUAUACGUCGCAGCAAGAUGCAGCAAGUGCAAGGGCUGCUGUCGCGCGAGACGGCGCUGGUGGACGCGGUGACGUCGCGGCUGGAGAGGCUGCAGGCCACUGUAUAA